AUGCACGACUACGGCUACGCCGGCAUGGUGGCUCCCGCCGAGGACUACCAGCCUACCUCUCCACCAAAGUAUCGCACGAAACUGUGCCGCAACUUCCCGCUCGGCGCCUGCCGCUACGGCGACCAGUGCUCCUUCCUGCAUGUCCCACCGAGCGCGUCCCCCACCGCGCACUUCUCCUACGCCUCCGCUCCUCCCAUCCUCCAUCCUUCGACACCCUCAUCCUCCCGCCCUUCGCCCACGAUUGACCAUGCAUCCGGCUCAUCGCACGCUCCGCGGCGCGAGCAACGCCCUUCUCGGAAUAGCAUGGACCUCUGGCGGGCGCGCAUGGAGGGCGCGUGCCCGCCCCCACCCCCCGGCACGCCGAUGACCGUGACGGGCACGUUCAUGCCUCUGCCCGGGUCUCCCAGCACGCGCUCCGACUGGGCCCUGGCUCCGCAGGAGUGCGGGUACGGCGACACUGAGGCGAUGCCGAUGCGCGCGAAGGGCGCCGCGCGCCAGGGGUCGUCGCCGCGCGAUACGGGGGACCGGAACGCUCGCCACAGGAACACCUUUUUUAAGACGAAGCCGUGUAGGUUCUACAGGGAGCCGGCGGGGUGCAUCAAGGGCAACCGCUGCAACUUCAUCCACGAGAGCCCAGAUGAAGAUCGGCAGCACCACCGUCCUCGCGGUCUAGCCGCCCCCACGCCACUGGAGCUCAUCGACGACAACGAGCACGAGCUCGAGGAGGACUCGAGUACCCCGAGCGAGCCGUCCCCGUGCUCCGCGACGACCGUAUCCUCAUCCGACAGCGAGCAGGACCACAACCACGACCUCGAACAAGAACAAGAAUACAGCGGCUCCAGCUCCGGCUCGCACGAGUCCACCCCACGCAAGCGCGGUCAGAACUUCUUCCCCGUCACCUGGCGCGUCGUCGGCGGUGGAGUGAUGAUGAGCGGCUCGCGCGAGAUCUGCGAGAGCUUCAUGGCCGGCCAUUGCACCGACGGUGUGGACUGCCGGUUCGCGCAUCCGUACGACACGUACGACGAGCAGUCGUACGCGGUUCCGCACGUCGAGCCCCCGCCGAUGUACAGCCCGCUCUCGCCCGUGUCCCCGAUGUCCCCCGUCGUGUUCGCGUAUCCGGUCAUGUACGGCCCCGCCGCGCUCUCGCCGCCGCUGCCCUUCGCGCUCCCCGCGGCCCCCACGGAGUGCUUCGCCAAGGGCGUCCCCGCGAGCGCACCCGCCCCCUUGCCGUACGGGACCUACGCGCCCCACCGCGUGGUCGACGGGAGCACGCUCGCCGACCGCAACGCGUACUACAUGCAGGUGGGCCCGUGCGCCCACGCGGGCAUGUACGCGGACUACGCCGCCGGCGCGGGAGCGGAGUACGGGAUCGGCGUCGGCGUCGGCGUCGUGAUGGAGGAGGGCGCGGGCGCGGUCGCCGCGCGUGGGGUGGUGCGACCGGUGUCGACGCCGCCGACGCCGCUGCAGGGCGAGGCUCCGAGCAGCGUGCACAGACUCUUUGCCGCGGAGAUGCCCUGA